GAGCAUUGCCGGGGCCUCCCUGCGGCCAAGCCGGGCGGCCAUGGCGGCCAACAUGUACCGGGUGGGGGAUUACGUCUAUUUUGAGAACUCCUCCAGCAAUCCUUACCUGGUGAGAAGGAUUGAGGAGCUCAAUAAGACUGCAAAUGGAAACGUGGAGGCAAAGGUUGUUUGCCUUUUCCGAAGACGGGACAUUUCUAGCAGCCUCAAUAGCCUUGCUGACAGCAAUGCCAGGGAAUUUGAGGAGGAGUCCAAGCAGCCAGGAGUCUCAGAACAGCAGAGGCACCAGCUGAAGCACCGGGAGCUCUUCCUUUCUAGACAAUUUGAAUCAUUGCCAGCUACCCAUAUACGUGGGAAAUGCAGCGUGACUCUAUUGAAUGAGACGGACAUCCUGAGCCAGUACUUGGAGAAGGAGGACUGCUUCUUCUACUCCUUGGUGUUUGACCCUGUCCAGAAAACGCUUCUGGCUGACCAGGGUGAGAUCAGGGUUGGCUGCAAGUACCAGGCUGAGAUUCCAGAACGACUGGCCGAAGGUGAGUCUGAUAAUCGAAAUCAGCAGAAGAUGGAAAUGAAAGUCUGGGAUCCAGACAACCCCUUGACCGAUCGGCAGAUUGACCAGUUCCUCGUUGUGGCCCGAGCGGUGGGCACCUUUGCCAGGGCCCUGGACUGUAGCAGUUCCAUUCGGCAGCCGAGCUUGCAUAUGAGUGCAGCAGCUGCCUCCCGAGACAUCACCUUGUUUCACGCCAUGGACACGCUGCAGCGGAAUGGUUAUGACCUGGCCAAGGCCAUGUCCACACUGGUGCCCCAGGGUGGCCCCGUUUUGUGCCGGGAUGAGAUGGAGGAAUGGUCGGCCUCUGAGGCCAUGCUUUUUGAGGAGGCGCUGGAGAAAUACGGCAAGGAUUUCAAUGAUAUCCGUCAGGACUUUCUCCCCUGGAAGUCUCUCGCCAGUAUUGUCCAGUUCUAUUACAUGUGGAAAACCACUGACCGAUACAUCCAACAGAAAAGAUUAAAAGCAGCUGAAGCUGAUAGCAAACUCAAGCAGGUCUACAUCCCUACCUACACCAAGCCAAACCCGAACCAGAUCAUCUCUGUGGGGUCGAAGCCUGGUAUGAAUGGGGCUGGAUUCCAGAAGGGUCUGACCUGCGAGAGCUGCCACACCACCCAGUCAGCACAGUGGUAUGCUUGGGGCCCCCCCAACAUGCAGUGCCGUCUUUGUGCCUCCUGUUGGAUAUACUGGAAGAAGUAUGGGGGGUUGAAGACUCCGACACAGUUGGAGGGGGCAGCACGGGGUACCACCGAACCACACUCCCGAGGCCACUUGUCUCGACCUGAAGCUCAGAGCCUUUCUCCUUAUACAACAAGCGCCAACCGGGCCAAGCUAUUGGCCAAGAACAGGCAGACGUUUCUCCUACAGACAACUAAAUUGACUCGUCUUGCCAGGCGCAUGUGCAGGGACCUGUUACAGCCAAGGAGGGCUGCUCGAAGACCGUACGCCCCCAUCAAUGCCAACGCGAUCAAGGCUGAAUGCUCCAUUCGGCUCCCCAAGGCAGCCAAGACACCUCUCAAGAUUCACCCCCUGGUGCGAUUGCCCCUGGCAACCAUUGUCAAAGAUCUCGCGGCCCAGGCUCCACUGAAACCAAAAACCCCACGAGGCACGAAGACGCCCAUCAAUAGGAACCAGAUGACACAGAAUCGGAGUUUGGGGGGCAUUGUGGUGAAACGGGCCUAUGAGACCAUGGGGGGUGGUGUGGUUCCAUUUUCAGCCAAUGGCAGGCCCCUCGUUUCAGGGAUUCGAUCAAGUACACAGCCUGCCGCCAAGCGUCAGAAACUAAACCCAGCUGAUGCUCCCAAUCCUGUGGUCUUUGUGGCCACAAAAGACACCAGGGCAUUACGGAAGGCCUUGACCCACCUGGAAAUGCGUCGGGCUGCAAGGCGGCCCAACUUGCCAUUGAAGGUGAAGCCGCCUCUGCCUCCAGUCCGGGCCCCAAUUCCUCCGCCUCUGCCCCCACACCCGGCCAGUACCAACGAACCCAUUGUCUUGGAGGAUUGAGCAUUCUUGGGGGAAGGGAAGAGAGCUGGGAGGGUGGCCUCUGGUUCCCUCCCAUGCUCCCUAUGGACAGGGGCAUUUACCUGGGGGCUGGGGUCCUGGGAGGGGAUUGGAGGGCUUGCUGUAGCUUCACAGAUGCCACUUGUCUGCCUCUCCUUGACCUCCCCUAGGUCCUGGGCAAGUAGGAAAGGGACUGGCCCUGGGACAGGUUUUUUUUGGGGGGGGAGGGUUUUUUAAAGUUUUUUUAAUUUUUUCCUCCCCUUGUUGGGGAGCAUGGGAGGGGAAAGUAGGGUACCAGCAGGUACUUGUGGGGGUGGGGCGUGCACUGCCAUGUCUCAAGUCUUGUUUUAUUUUCUAUUUGGAGUUUUACUCCCAUCUGAUGUCCAGACUUAAUUGGAGUUAGAGGCCUGGGAGCCUGGGCAAGCUCAGCUCCUUGUGCUCACUCUUCUUCCCUUCCCCCACAUCCCUGCCUUUUGUACACCAACUCUCAGAAAUAAAGACCCUUUGUCCGUUUUUUAACCUUGGGAUCUGUAAUCUGUUCUUAGAGCAACAGAAAUAAAAAUGCUGUUUUUCUUCA